AUGGACGCGGCACAGGGGGGCCGCCAUACAAUUUCCGAUGGAAAGAUGGCGGGGCUGGUAUUGACUGAGGGCUUGGAGCGUGCAGGAGAGGUGACGGAGGAAGGUGGGGCAUCGAGGGACGAGGCUGCUGCGGCUGGAGGGGCAGGGGAAAAUGACGUAGCGGGGACUGAGCUGGUGGCUGCUAUGAUACCCAGGAUGGCGGCUGCAACGGUGCCUGAGGUAGCUGCUGCUGCUGCGUCUGCAGCAGAGACGGUGGCAGGCCCGGUGCCUGCUAGCGGUUCUGCCGCUGCCUUUGGCGGCGGCUCAACUUCACCCUCUGCCACCCCACGGGUUGCACAGUCGAAGGUUGAGGAGCCAAGUCCGGGCGCGGAUCGGGAGCAGACCGCGGAGGCGGCGUUGUCCGCGUCGCCGUCACCUGUAACGGUGGCUGUGCUGGCGGCGGCGGUGUCUGCUGCGACUAGGGAGCAGGGCGGAGCCCCGAUGGCAGAAGACCGUCCAGAGGUUUCGGAGGCUGCAGCCAAUGGGGACAAAGCUGGCUCUUCUGAGGAGAACGGGGAUCCAGUGUCACAGCUACACGAGCAGGAGCACGAGGAGCCGACGGGACGGGAGGGAAUAGCAGCACCUGGGGAGUUGGCGGCUGAUGCAGCUGAGGCUGGGGAAGCGGUAACUAGUUCAGGGGCGGCUGCUGAGGCGGCUGAGCCCGAGGAGGCGCCGCUGGUGGGGACUGACAUGGCUGCUGCGGUGGAGGGGGCGGAGACUGAGGAGGGGCCGGUGUCUGCUGACGUGACUGCCGCUGCCUCUGGCGGCAGCUCAAUCUCACCCUCUUCCACCCCCCGAGUAGCACUUCAGCAGGUGGAGAGCCAGAGGCUGGCUGGCGCUCAGGAACAGACGGCGGAGGCGGCGCUGUCCGCGUCACCGGCGCCUGUGGUGGCUGCUGUGUUGGCGGCGGUGAUGUCUGCUGCAGCGGGGGAACGGAACGGAGCCCCGACCGAGGAGGACGGGAUGGCUGCCGCUGUGUGCGCCGGAACGCCUGCUGCUGCCGUGGGCGCAGAUACGUAG